AGAAGGGUCCUCCUCAUCCUCCUCCUUGUUUCCUCUCUCUUUCAAAACCCAUAUGGCCUGUUUACACACAAUGUACAACUCAGAGCACAAGGGUCAGUACUGUAAUGGUGGUAGUGGUAGUGGUGGUGCUCCAAUGAGCCCUAGAAUUUCAUUCUCUAAUGACUUUGCUGAUGCGCAACAUGUGAUUAAGCAUGAGAGGAGCUCAAGGGAGGCACCAGUGUCUUCAGAUUUUGAGUUCUCAGUGACCAACUACUCCAUGAUGAGUGCUGAUGAGCUUUUCUCUAAGGGGAGGUUGCUGCCUUACAAGGGAAGCAACAAGAGCCAGAUGCAGAGGGGUACUACCACUCUUAGAGACGAGCUUCUUGUGGAGGAUCGGGAGGACGACGUGUCGUUUCAUAGGCCGCCGAAGGGGUCAUCGACGAGGUGGAAGGGGCUUCUGGGGCGGAAGAGGACUGCGCACAUUGGGUCCAAGAAAGCUGAGAGAGGUAGUGAUGGCUCUUCUAUGGAAGGAAGAAGGUCUGGCCUUGUGCAUGAGAGUUCUUCUUCACAGGAGGUGUUGAAUGAAGGAGGGUCAACUUGGAGGGGGUUUGAGAUUGGAAUAUAAUGGUGGCAUUGAGUAAUGUUAGGGGUGACCUGAUGAAUUUGUAGAGGUGUGGGAGUGCUGUAAUUUUUUUUUUCUUUGUUUGGAUUUUGGAGGCUAGAAAAACAGGAUGAUCAAUUAUUAGUCCUGUAUUUUUUUUUUUAAGGUCAGGGUUUUUGGGUAAACUUAGAGGUUGUGAUGACUUCUGUGGGAAUUGAGUUUUAGAGUUUCUGUGUUGUAGUUUUAUUUCAAAAUUUCUGGGUUGGGAUUUGGUCUUUUGGCUGUUCGCUGUACAAAAAUGUUUGCGGUUGAAGAACCCGUGCAAUGCUAAUUAAGCUUUUGUUUCUCUGUUAUUAUUUUAGGGUACUCCUACACUUUGUUGAGUAUUCAUGUAUUUAUAAUAUUGAAUAUUCUUCCUGUCAAAGAGUGAUUCUGUCC